AUGAAGAUUAUUUUGCAUAAAUGCAAGUAAGGUAUACCUGACAGCCUAGGAGGCAAAGUGAAGGAGCCGAUGAUGUUGUCGCUUAGAGGACCAAACCUGACAUUUAAAAAAAGGGUAAUCGUAUGAGGGUUUCGUUUAGCCCAAGUAUAGGUAUUUCGAAAAUUAAGAAUCCCGUUUCUUGUAAAGUAAGAUUCACCAGGAACCAAAGUGCAGUUCAGGAAGUUAGAGUCUCGUGUGCAUUGUCGAAUUAA